CAAUGGUCCCCGCAGGAGGCCACCACCCCACAUGGGAAGGAGAGGUGUUCAACAUGCGAUACCAGGCUCUGCGCAAGCUGGGCUGUGGCACCUUUGCCACCGUCUGGCUGUGCCAGGACACAAGGAGGAAGAAACACGUAGCUGUGAAGGUCCUGAAAAGCAGAGAAGGCUUUGCUGAGGCUGCCCAGGAUGAGGUCGCUCUCCUCCACUGUGUGAGCAGUAUGAAGAAGAAGGACCAGGCAGGAGAAAACAUCAUCUCUUUGUUAGACAACUUCAGAAUGAUUGGAGAAAAUGGCUUCCAUGUGUGCUUGGUAUUUGAGGUGCUGGGUCCUUCCCUGCGAUGCCUGAUGGGCAAAUACACAGCCCAGGGACUGCCGUUGCCUUUUGUGAAAAAAUCUUUACAGCAGGUGCUGGCAGGGCUGCACUUCCUGCACAAGCGCUGCCGCAUCAUCCAUGCCGACAUCAAACCGGAGAACAUCUUGCUGUACGGACAGGCCAAAAGCCUCCAAAGGCUCCUGCCUGAUAUGCUCGACUGUGACCAGAGAACAGAUUUAAGGCUAAAAGGACCAGGAGGUGAUCUUGGGAAUCGUUUGGAAGAAUUGGAUUUAAUGAGCAUAGAAGUGAAAAUUGCAGAUCUGGGCAGCGCAUGCUGGACAUACAAGCCUUUUUCCAAGGAGAUACAGACCCAGCCGUACCGUGCCCUGGAAGUGCUUCUGGGAUUAGACUACAGCACACCUGCAGAUAUCUGGAGCACAGGCUGCCUGGCAUUUGAAAUGGCAACUGGGGAGUGUCUAUUUGAUCCUCAACCUGGGAAGUAUUUCUCCAGAGAUGAUGAUCACGUUGCUCGUAUUAUUGAGCUCCUGGGAAGAAUUCCUCCUCAAAUUGCUUUCUCCUGGAACAAGUCAACAAAAUUUUUCAGCAGGCCAGGCGCUCUCCUGCGUAUCUCCAGACUUUCCCCCCGCAGCCUCCACAGCAUCCUGGCAGACAGACACAACUGGACAAAACACGAGGUUACUCCCUUCGCCGCCUUCCUCCUCCCCGCGCUGCGGUACGCUCCCGAGCGCCGCGCCACAGCCGCCCAGUGCCUGCAGCACGCCUGGCUGAGCCCGCCGUGACCGGCCCCGCGGGGGGACCCCCGGCCCCGCACCCCCGCCGGAACCACCUCUCCUCCUCGCUCCCCGGAGCUCUGCGGGGC